AUGAGUUAAAAUUUGCAUCCUAAGCUUUAUAAGGCUGAAGUCAGAAAGAUUCCUAAUUUCUUAAGUGAGGAAGCGUUUUAUCAAGGGUUCAAUGUGGAUUUGCCGAUUGAUUAUAAGCAAUUUCUGCCAGGAAAAACUAAAGAGAGAAAUGACUAUUCAGUAGCAUAUUAUGGCUUUGAGUUAAGGGAAACUCUUGAGUAGUUUAUUACUAAAUUUAACAACUUUAUGAUUCAAGAUGAAAAGGGAAAAUCGUAUCUCUUAUUGGUGCAGAGAAGCAUUUACACUUCGCUGCCACUUGACAAAGCAUAAAAGACUAAUUAAUUGCAAAACACUAUUUUCGAGGAAGAUGACUACAAAUAAUAUAUCGAGAAACUCAACAAAGUUCCUGAGCCAUUAGUUUCUGUUAAAGAGUAAGUAAAAGAAAAAGCAGCUGAUGACAAGGAGAAAGAAUAAGCUAAAGAGGAAGUCGAGGAUAAAAAAGAGGGAGAGGCUACAACUGUUCCAUCUGAAGGUGCAGCAACUACUGAGGAAAAAUAAGUAGAAGAAAAACCAUUGAAGAAUGAAACACCAGUGAAGCCUAAAAAACCUCAAAAAAUAGCACCAUUGGUAUAAGCAAUCAUUGACAAAGAGUAGAAAUAUCAUGAUGAAAAAAGAAGCAGGCAUUAGAACAGAGAUAAGCAGCAUAAGAAUCAGCAGCAUAACCACAACAAGCAUGAUUAAAAUUCUCAUCAUCAUGCUAACAAAGAUGGUAACUAGGAUAAAUACGCAUAGAAGCAGAAGAAUGACUAGUAAUCCUAGGUUUAUAGAGUAAAGUAAAAGGAUGAUAUUCAAAGCAAUGGUUCGCAUUAAAACUAGCAGCAAAAUUCUGACUAGCAAUAUGGGAAGGACAAGAAAACCUACUAGCAUAGUAGCAAUACUGAUAAGGGUUAUCACAAUUAAAAAUAAGGUCACAAAGACUAGCAUUAGCAUUCAAGUGAUCAGCAGUCUUAUCAUCAAUAAAAAGGUGGCAAUAAAAAUUAUCAAAACUAAUAGAAUCAUGGUGACUUUAAUCCAUAAGAUCAUCGACAUAAGAAAGAUGAUUACUAAGCAAAAUUUGACAAUACCAAUCAUUAUUAGCAUCAUGGUAAAGUCUAUGAUGGUAAAAAUACCUAAUAGUAGCCUGGUCAUUAUGAUAAGCACAAUAACUAAUAUAAGCAUCAUCAGCAUAAUGAUGGCAAGGGAGGAUUCAAUAAACAUUAAAACUACAAGCAGGGUCAUUCAUCACAAGGAGGAGGCUAGAACUAGUCAACUUAGCCAGGAUAAUUUGAGAAUUUAGGGCCAGUUUAAAAUCUUAGUUCAGAGUCAAAAGAGUUCAGACCAAUAAAGAAGGAGCUCUCUUAAAAUUCUUAUAGCUAAAAUCAGUAAUAAUAUAAGUAGGAUGGGCAAUUUCAAGUGUAGAGUGAAAGUUUCUAUCCAGGGGCUAAUUAGAAUUACUAGUAAUAUGAUAAUAGAUACUAGCAAAAUAGCUUCGGAGGAGGUGACUUUUAUUAAUAGGAUUAUUAUGCUUAACCAUAGUAUGACUAAUUCAGUUAGGACUAAUUUGGAAAUAAUCAGCAGUAGUUUUAACCUACUUAAAACUUCAAUCAAGGAGACUUCAAUAUGAAUUCUCAGAGUUUUAAGCCAUAGAAGAAAGGAUAUCAAAAUGCAUAAUAAAACAACAAUUAUUAUUGA